AAUGCCUCAGGAAACUGCGAUACAGUGAACCGCGCCAUUCGAGAGCUAAAGUUUCGAGACUACAUUUCCAGUGAUUUCAGAGCCAACGCAGUGUUAGAAAGGAAGGCAGGCGUUUCCGGGCGAUAAAAUAGUAACGGAUUUAAAUACUCCGCACAACUUGUAGUAGUUAAAAAUGUCCAGCUUCAAAAUCAGCUAUUUUCAACUUCUUUCAAUUCAAUUUCUUCUGCUUCUUAACUCACUGCCAGCAAGCAGCGCUCAACCACUACGCGAUUCGGUGACCACACAAGCCACAUUGUACGCUUACGAAGCGUUACCGCAGAUACAAGAUCCCCCCAAUGCUGAUGAGCCUAUUCUACAAGAGUUGGAUGCCUCUUUGACGAAGUUGGCCAACGUCUAUAUGCAGGCGCUCUUUUCCGGCACACACAACUCACAGCUGGAGGCCGAAUUGGACGUGCUGGAGUUGCGACUUUUCGAUUUGCUGGACGCACUCUACAAGGAGCAACGUAUGGCUGAAUACAUGAAGUACGAGGCCGAAGUCACACACCAAAUGAUCAUUUAUAAUCUGUUGAAAAAGCUCUUUGGUUAUGUGAAGGAGGAUCAGCAUUCUUAGAAUGUAGAGCAACUGACUUGGACCAGGAAAGCAAAGUGCUACGAUUGUGAAUAACCACAGACAUCACAACAGGGACUAAUUUUAUUGCAAGUGUUUUGAUCGCGCUCACAAUAGGAUGAAAUCAGAUUUCAGUUUAUGCUUUGAAGUGUUGGAGCUUUAAAGGUUAAACAGAAGUGUUUAUAGCUUUAUAAGCUAAAAAAGUGAAAGCUCUUUUCUCGGUAAGAAUAUCAGUUCUGAUCAGCUUAAAAGAGAAAGUUUCGUAUUAGACUUAAUCUACUAAUGACUCUUGCGAAUUAAAUGAUUUUCAUUAGUUGUUAUGUACUUACAUGUACAUAUAUAUGUAAUAUGAAGGAAACACGUUUUCAUGUUGGUAAAAAUAAUUAUAAAAAUAAUAUAAAAGUCAACAAUUUCUCGGUAUAAUUUAUUAUUGGAUUUGUGGUAGAGAGUGUAGUUGUGUUCACCCCGGUGGACGAACGUUUUUUUAUAAUACGCAUUAAGGCGAUAUAACGUAGCGUAUCGCUACUUUACGUUUACGAUCCCAUGAAAGCAAAGGUCAAAAGAUGCCUUAAACGCUC